AACAAAAUUUGUUUUACAUCGUCUCAAUAAUUAGUUGUAGAAAUUUUUCCGUUCAUUCAGCAGAGCGAUGGAUGUGCUCUCGAUCAACCAAGAGGUAUUUAUCCAGCGCUCGGAUGGGCGCAUCCAUAAGGCUUGCAUCAUUAAGUUGGACGGAGGGGUCAACAAUGUAAUCACCGUGGAGUGGUCCGAGGGCUCUACAGUUCGCGGCAAGGAAUUGCCACUAUCCGCCGUUGUUCAGAUGAAUCCCGAGCUAUUUCAGCAGUCGAAUUCCGCACAUCCGUCGCAUAGCAGCAAGGCUUUUCACCCGCAGCCAGUAACAACUUCUUCGCCCGCUUCGAAUACCAUCAAUGGGCGGAGUGAUGAUCCUGGCAUUCGCGACCAGCCUAACUCAUAUGUUAAAACUGCCGCUACAGAGCUGCCAUUUCCAGAAGCUGACAUACCUCUUACCAUACAUCGACUUGCUGGGCCGACUAAUUCCAAUAUCAACACAAGGGCUCGUUCCCCACAAUGCAUAGCAGAGCCACGUAAGCGGCCAAUGCCUAGCGAGCCAGAAAUCCAAAACUCCGGUCGGCCCGAUAUAGUUCAAGUCAUCGAUCAGAUGCGCGAGAGGCGUGAGAAACGCCGAGAGCUGCAGGCGUUGGCUAGGCAGCAACGGGAACAGAUUAAGAACGCCGAUCCGGAUAAUCCUAAUUGGGAAAUUGCGAGGAUGAUUCGAAUGCAUCAGAGGCAAAUGGUGUUCGAUCCGUUGCUUGGUCCAGGCCAGCCCUUAAAACAGCACCAGAUAAUGGUGUGUGUGCGCAAGCGGCCGCUCAAUCGAAAAGAGGUGGCUGAGAAGGAGCAGGAUGUGAUCUCGGUGCCCACUAAGGAUGUGCUGGUGGUUCAUGAACCUAAAAAGCAAGUUGACUUGACCAAGUUCUUAGAAAAUCACAAAUUUCGUUUCGAUUACACCUUCAACGAGCUGUGUUCGAAUGCCACCGUGUACGAGUACACGGCCAGGCCGCUAGUCAAGCACAUCUUUGAUGGCGGCAUGGCCACGUGCUUCGCGUACGGCCAGACGGGUUCCGGCAAGACCCAUACCAUGGGUGGCGAGUUUACGGGCAAGCAGCAGAACUGCCGCGAUGGCAUCUACGCCAUGACGGCAAGCGAUGUGUUUGCCCAUCUGCUCAUCCCUCGAUAUGCACAGCUCGGCCUGAGGGUUACCUGCUCCUUUUUUGAGAUUUAUGGAAUGCGCGUUUCGGACUUGCUGGUGCCUGGAAAGCCGCAGUUACGUGUGCUGGAGGAUGGCCAUCAGCAGGUUCAGGUGGUAGGUCUCACCGAAAAGCCUGUGGAGAACGCAGAGGAUGUCUUGCAGCUCAUUGAGAUGGGUCACAGUGUACGCACCUCCGGCCAGACGUCAGCGAAUGCGACAUCGUCCCGCUCACACGCCAUAUUUCAGAUUGUAUUGCGCGUUGGCAACAAAGGAAAAUUACAUGGAAAGUUCUCGCUCAUAGAUCUAGCGGGGAAUGAGCGGGGAGCGGAUAACUGUUCGGCUUGCCGGCGUACGCGUCUGGAGGGUGCUGAGAUAAACAAGUCACUCUUGGCACUUAAGGAGUGUAUUAGGGCGCUCAGCCGUCAAUCACGGCACCUACCCUUUCGAGGCUCAAAAUUAACGCAAGUCCUGCGAGACUCUUUUAUUGGAGGCCGCAAGGUGAAGACCUGCAUGAUAGCCAUGAUCUCGCCAGGCCUGCACUCGUGCGAAAACACGCUUAACACUCUACGCUAUGCGGAUCGCGUCAAGGAAUUGACAUCGCAGCCAGAGGGAAAGGUGAAGGCAGCUACCUCAGGUGGACGCACCUAUGAGAUGGACAAAGGGACAACGGCGGCACAGAGCACCAGAAUAUCUCAGCCAGCCGCAGCAUCUAGACCCAACCACACCGCUCCGCUUACUAACAAUUUUAACGGCAGCUGUAAUGUUUGGAAUGUGACCAACGUAACUCAAGCAUUAGAUAAGAACAAUAUGGUGUUCCUUAAUGCCAUGACCGAGAGCUUUGUGGAAGCGCAGAAGCAGCUGUUGAAUUCUUUUCAUGCCUCAGAGCACAACUUGUCCAAUAACCAGUCCACGGCAGCAACAUCUCCAGGCGCCCCCAGUGAGUUGCCCAUAGCAUUUUCUUUUGAAGAAACUCUAGCAUGUUCAACGCCUUUCUUGGAAGAUAAUUUAAGCAAAAUAAGGGAGACAUGUCAUCAAUAGCUACCUGGGGCCGAUUCGGUGACGGACUAUUCGCUAGCUGUAGGAUUUCUACGACAAAAUCAAAUGAUUCAGAAAUCUUACCAAAAUAUUAUAGUUAGUCAAAAUUAUAUGUAUCUAGAUUAAUUAAUAUAUUUAUACAAAACAC